CAUGUACUUGCGUUUGCAUUAGCAUUACUCAAUUUGUGGUAGGAGAGAAACACGCGGUGGGGAUGUCCGCGCUGCUCUCGCAAGCGUCGGGCUUUUCGGGGCUUGCGCUAGGCAGCUCUGCUAGUAGCAAGCGUCUAUGUAAGCCUCUGUGCCGGCGGCCGGCCGUCUGUGUUCAGGCCGCGCAUAGACCAGCCAGCGCCGUCUCGAGCGGGGUACCAAGCACAGGCUUCGGCCCCGUCUCGCCGCUCCAGCGGAGGCCGACCCUACCGACCCGGAAACUUGUGGUCGCCUCGUCGCAAAGCGGGGGCAGGGCCGAGGAUGCGGAGAAACAGGACUGGAAAUUCGGGCGCAAUGAGGGCCCGAUGACCUGGCCCUGGAAGCUGAUGUGCGCAAUUCUGUACAUGCUUCCCUGGGUGGAUGUGACGGAGAAGACAGUGUACUUCGUGGAGCGCUUCCCCGCCUUCGUGUGGACGGAGUACUUCUCGGAGCCGUUCGAGCACUGGUACAACAUCCACGAGUACGCGCCGCUCUUCAUCUUCUUCGCCACCUACCUGGGCAUUGUGCGCAACAAGAAGAUCCCGCACGUGGCGCGCUACCACGUCAUGAUGGGCGUGAUGCUGGACAUCGUGGCCAUGAUCCUGAUCGUGACGGAGGAGAACCUGCCCACCGGCGUGCUGUGGACUCCCUGGUCCGACCUGUUCUACGCGCUCAUGUUCUGGUUCAUCUUCCUGCUCGUCAUCUACUGCCUCUUCUUCUGCUUCCUGGGCUGGUACUGCGAGAUCCCGCUCAUCAGCGAGGGCGUGUACCUGCAGAUCGAGCAGGCCGAGCAGCUGGGCCAGUAAGGGCUGUGGGCCAGUAAGGGCCUGCCAAGCACUGGCAGCUGGGCCUGUCACGGCUGCAAGGACUGCCGGCUGGCCCGGUGAGGGCUGCCCGCCAGCGCAGUAGCGGCAGCAGGAGCAGCAGGUGCUGCAGGCGCAGCGGCGGCAGCAACGGAGGGCGGUUUUGCUGAAAGUGGUGAAGCAACAGUAGGAGCGGCGGAGGAGUAGGCGAUGCGCGGCAUUGCGGCACGCUACGCCAGGUUGGCUGAGGUGGGUGAGCCAGCGGUUAGCGCUUCGCAGCGGCGGCCUGGAUGGAACCGGGGUGACUUGUUGAAAGAGAGGGAAGGCGGGGCCCGUCUCCCGCGCUUGGGUAGCAGUGGAUGUGGGGUUCGCCCCGCUGCAGACCUGCAUCGCAUCGGGGCCUUCCGGUGUGUGAGAGCGUGCCGAGUGCUGGGGUGCGGGGCCGCCGCCUCAGGGCCUUGGACGGCGGUGCAGUGCGGCGGUCGCGGGCGAAGUGCGGGCUGCGCUCAACUGAGAAUGGCUUGUUAUUAGUUGUGCAAUGCGGGGGACUUGCGAAGCGCGUACGUUGGGUCGAUUACUAGAAUGGGGGCAGGACAGUGAGGUGGAACAGGGCAGGGGACUCGAAUGGAAGGGUGGCGUGGGCUUUGGCGGAGGUAGCCCAGCAAGCGCUUGAUGGGACUUCAGGGCUCUGCCCUGGCUGCGUGCUCAAAUGAAGCAAGGGACGUUAGGCCCUGCAGAGGUUCUGCCGCGUUACUUCGACGGUGCUCUGCGCGUUUUGUGUGCGGUAGUGGCAGCCGCCAUGCGACAGGUCUUCUAGCCAAUGAGGAAGUAGUGGUGCAUGGUGAACGCGUCGUCUGGGUAUCGAGCUGGAGCAGGGGAGGCUGACAAGCGUGGGUUUCAAAGUCAUGAGGGUUGAGGCGCCGAGCGCUGUCCAAAUGCGGCGCUGGAGCCGUGGAGCGGCUGCACAUUUGAGUGUCAGCGUGUCGGAUGAACUGUUAACACCCUCGGUCA